CCUAACUUGCUUUACAAGUCCAAAUCAAAUGGCAAUUGGCAAUUGGCAAUUAUCCCUGUAUUCGUGUUAUUCUUUUUCAUCGUUAUCAAAAAAAAAAAAAAAGACAGGAGAGAAGAAAGAACCUUUGGUCACUGUGUUUAUAAAAAGUUGUCGAUAGGAACUACCGUUCCCUCUUCUCUUCAGCUCCGAAUCUUUCUUCUUCACCCAAACCCUAAUUCGUAACUGCAAAACCCUAAAGCCAUGCCCCAAUCUAAUGGAUCCAUCCUCACGCGAUCAGUGUGGUCCUCCAACCUCGAAUCGGAGUUCAGCCUAAUCCGAUCCGUCAUCGACUCGUUCCCCCUCAUCUCGAUGGACACUGAGUUCCCCGGCGUCGUGGUUCGCCCCGACGCCGGGGAUCCCUCAUUCAGGCACCGGCACCCCGCCGCUCACUACACCGUACUCAAAGCCAACGUGGACCGCCUCCACUUGAUCCAAAUCGGCCUCACUCUCUCCGACCACAUGGGUAACCUUCCAACCCUAGGCUCCUCCAACGCCUUCAUUUGGGAAUUCAAUUUCAGAGAUUUCGAUGUCGCGCGUGACGCCCACGCCCACGAUUCCGUCGAGUUGCUGCGUCGCCAGGGCAUCGAUUUCGAGAAGAAUCGCGAGUUCGGGAUCGACUCGGUCCGGUUCGCGGAGCUGAUGAUGUCGUCCGGUUUGGUCUGCGAUGACGCCGUGAGCUGGGUGACGUUUCACAGUGCCUAUGAUUUCGGAUACUUGGUGAAAUUGUUGACACAGCGCGCGUUGCCGGAGGAAUUAGCAGAGUUUCUCCGACUUGUGAAGGCGUUUUUUGGUGAAAGGGUUUUUGAUGUGAAGCACUUGAUGAGGUUCUGUUCGAAUUUGCAUGGUGGGUUGGAUCGGGUGUGCCAGUCUCUGAAUGUGGAACGAGUUGUAGGGAAAAGCCAUCAGGCCGGUUCGGAUAGCUUGCUUACUCUGCACGCUUUUCAGAACAUUAGACAAAUGUAUUUUGGCAAAGUUGAUAGACUUGUUCAGUAUGCUGGUGUUUUAUAUGGCUUGGAAGCAUUUUGAUUUUUCUCGUAUCAAAUAAUAUAUCAUUUGGUGUAGGUUUUUUUUUUCAGCUUUAAUUGUAAAGCUUACACAUUCUGGCUUAUCAAUAUCAUUAGGAGUUAUUAUUUGAGUUUUA